CGUCAGGGAUGGGAUCAGAGGUGAAAGGGCAGGUCAUCGCUGAGCGCGGGAGAGGUCAUUGUGGCGGUUGCUUCUCGAGAUAUUUAAAAGUCCCGCCGCUGUCCUGCUUCAGAUUGGCGGUUGUAGUCAGAAUUGUUUUCAUGCGCCUUUGCGAUGGACCUGAGCGAGUUUCUGGAGGACAGCAGUAAAAAUUACCGGCUGGUAUCCGCCGUGCCCGCCGCCUGCCUGACUGAAGAUUGCUGCCUGGGCAUUGAUGAGGCUGGAAGAGGGCCCGUGUUGGGGCCGAUGGUAUAUGGAGUCUGUUAUUGCCUGCUUUCUAAACAACAGCAACUUGAGGAGCUCAAGGUUGCCGACUCCAAGACACUGACAGAGAAAGAGAGAGAAAAACUGUUUGCGAAACUAGAUGAAGCAAAUGAUUUUAUCGGCUGGGCCUUGGAGGUCCUUUCACCCAAUGUAAUCUCAACUUCAAUGCAGCAAAGAACUAAAUAUAACCUGAAUGCAUUGUCUCAUGAUGCUGCCAUUGGACUCAUUCAGUAUGCAUUGGACAGUGGUGUUCAAGUGAAAGAGGUUUACGUAGACACAGUGGGACCUGCAGAAAAGUAUGAGGCAAAGCUGAAGGAACGUUUCCCAGGCCUGGAGGUCACAGUCAGAUCCAAGGCUGAUUCCUUGUUCCCAAUAGUCAGUGCAGCGAGCAUCUGUGCCAAAGUUGCCAGAGAUCAUGCAAUUCAGACAUGGAAAUUUGUUGAAGAUCUAGGUGAUAUAAACCUGGAUUAUGGUUCAGGGUAUCCGAAUGAUCCUAAAACAAAAGAUUGGCUGGAGAACCAGGUGGACCCUGUGUUUGGAUUUCCACAGUUUGUACGCUUCAGUUGGAGCACAGCUCAGGCAAUUCUGGAUACACGGGCAGUACCUGUGCACUGGGAUGAUGAUGAGGAUGACAACAAAAAGGAAGUCUCUUCAGUCCUCUCCUACUUUCAAAGAAAGACCGAAGGUCCUAAAGAUCAGCCACAUCGCUUCUUCACUGAAAGGAAACUUGUCUCUCUUGUGAACCUAUGAGCACAAGAUCUCGUGGGUAUGGAAAAAGUGCAAAACAGAGUUUGGAAUUCAAAUGCUAUGUGGUGGGAGGAGAGAAAAAACAAAUGCAGAGAAUGAGCUUUUCCAAGAAGCAGCGUGCUGGGAAAUGUGGGUCAGCAAUGAGCAACCAUCUAGCCCAUGCAUGCAAGAAGCGACAGUAACCUUGAACUGAAUUUUUAAUGAGAAUGUUCAUCCUAGAGCUACUCAUCAAGGACAUGUUCCUUGUCAAUAUCGAAAGUUUGGAUUGAGUAUUUUGCCUGAAUUUCCAUUGUUGGGUAUUUGAGGUCACAGAAACUGUUCUUGAACUUCAUUGUUUUUAUUUUUAAGAAUUACAUCUGCAAAGCAACUCUUUGGUUCCAUCAAGAAAACUGACUUUCAUCAAUUCUGAUGAAAGGUCACUUGAGCUGAAAUCUUUCUAUCCACAGAUGCUGCUUGAACUGCUGAGUGUUUCAAGUUUUGUUUUGUUUUUUAUUUCAAAUUUCCAGACUGUGCAGUUAUUCUGCUUUUGCAUUAGUGGAAAUUGACUGAAGGCUUUUCUCUUUAAUUUGAUAUUUCCUGUAAUUUGUAGGCUGAGAGUAAAUUUUCUUUGUUUCUUUCAACUAUUUCCAUUUCUUCCCCCCCCCCCCCCCCCAGCCCACCUCCCCAACCUUCUCUCCUCCUCCUGAGGUACUGCCUGGUGAUUUCUGUUGAAUAAAAUGCAAAGGUGGGGAAGUCCCUCUGUAAGAAAUCAUUAAACUUGUUUUUAAGCCCUGCUGUUUCAUUUUACAACACAUCAUGGUUCCAGAGCCAGUGGCUCAAUGUUUGUUUGUUUACAGAGCUCUAGGCUUGCAAAAAUAAUUUACUAAUGGAAGACAGAGAGUUUAGAACUAUAUUUUAAAACACUGUCUUUUGGAACUGCAGGGCAGUCAUUUACAAAUAUCUUUGUCCUAACUCCAAUAUAUUGAAUUUUUAAAAAUUGACUCAAAGUCAUUUUAGUUAAUUAGUGGUUAUCCCAGAGAAAUGAGAAUUUGCACGUGAUAAUUUAUUAUCUAACCUGAGAUGCUACUUGGUGAAAUUUGAGCCCUGAAGAUCUUUAUAACCAUGCCCAUGUCAUGGAGUAAAUCACUUAGUUACUGUAACUUUUGUGUUUUUCUUUGAAUUACAUAUCCUCCUCUUACUUCACUUUUGUAUUUAUAUAAAUUGGAGCAGCAUGUUUACUGUCUACCUCAGUCCAUGUGUACAUUGUAGGAACGAUGAUAGAGUAUAGUGCAGCAGCCUCUUAGACAUUGAACCUGAAGGGCAUGAUAAAGGUUAAAAAGGAGAUAAAACAAGAAGCAGUGAUAUACUGAAAAAAGAGGCUAGAUAAAGCUUAGAGAUCUUGUAGGAUGGUUUGAUCCCUCUGCCUUGGAGGUGUGACUGGUAUGAACUGUGGCAAAGUGACACUGACAUUGCAGAUCGUGCGGCUGAGACAGUAAACUCUGUUACCACAGUGAACCUGAUGCUAUAAUCGUGAUCUGGUUUGGUCAUUGAGGUGGCAGUUCUCCUCUAGUUUUGACUCUGUUGCAUCACUUUUGUUCUUAUUGUUUCACCAGUGGUGGCCAUGACUUAAGCUGCUAGGGCCUUAGCUCUGAAAUUCCCUCCAUAACCCUCUCCAUAUCUCUGUCUUCCUUUCAAGACGCACUGUAAAAUGUAGUCCUUUCAGAAAUCUUGUGGUCUUCUGACCUGACAUCUCCUUAUGUGGCUUGAUGUUGAAUUUGUUUGACAAUACUCCUCUAAAGCACCUUGGGACUUUUUAAUAUGUGCUAUAUAAAAUCAAGUUGUUUCUUUCUGCUGAGUGGUUGCUUGCUCUGUGUCCCUGUAGGGAUAUAGGUUUACUACAUUAAACUGGUGAUUGCAGUGCCACUAGUACACCUUAACACUGAUGUGUAUUGGUAUGUUUAAACAUAAUUAAUAUUAUUUGGCAGCAGCAUAAAACAGCCUGGAUUUUGUAGUCAUUAAUUGCUGGUCUGAAAGAAAGCUGUCUGCAUGAAUCUGAGACAUGCUUUUCCCUUUCCAGUAGUAAUUUAAAUCUGGUACCAACUAAAUGGAUACAAUGAACGGGAGAACAUAAAUAUUAUGAACAGCAGGAAACCACUCAGCCACUUUGAACUUGAUGCACUAUUCAGUCAGACCAUGGUUGUUUUGAAUGAUGGCCUUAACUGCAAAUUUUUGCCUUCCAUUUCCCCACACACAACUCAACAUAUCCCUGCAGAUAAUCAAUUUAGCUUUAAAUAUAUUCAACAACCCAGCCUCCACCUCUCAUUUAAGGAAAAGUCCAAACACUAAUGAUCCUCAGCCAAGAAUUUAUUUUUCAUCUUUACCCUAACUGGAAAACCUCUUUUUUUUUAAACUGUGUCCAGGUUUGAGAUUUUCCCCAAAAGAGGAAAUACCCUAUCAGCAUCUACCUUAUUAAGCCUCCUUAAAAUUGUAUAUGUUUUAGUCAGAUCACUUUUCUUUCAAUUUAAUCUAUUUUUCAACCUGCCCAGAAAUGUUAUUACAUGCCUUUGGAAGGCAGUGGUGGUUCUUAAACCAAGGACUCUAUCACUAGGUGAAAAGAGGGCCCCAACUUUCAUUCUUCUAAACUCCAGUGCAUACAGGUUCAACUCCUCGAUGUUUCCUCGUAAAGUAAACCUUUCACCUCCUAAAUUGGUCUAGUAAUCUUCUCUGAACAGCCUCCAAUCAAAGUACACCCCUUCUCAAGUAUUGUCCUGUGAUUAUCUGGCUCUCACUUAACCAAUAGUAACUCAUUAAAAAUCAACCUAUAACAUCCAACCAAAUCAUUAACCAAUGAUCAUGUUCUGGUCGAUGGUAGCUAUGAUUCCAACAAGUAUGGUACCACUUGCAAUGUAGUGUUCUCAAAAGGUACACCAGGAUGUCACAGUCACUUAGUAGCCUCCAUUUUUAAUUAAGAUGUCCACUUUUGUGCAAUAAUAGAUUUUUUUUUGAUAUGGAGAAAUUUGGCAAUCAACAAAUAUAACAUUUAGAAUUUUUGGGUCAGAAAGGGCAUUUAUCAUUAAUUAUAAAUCAGAAUCAUUUCAACAGCUUUUUGCAGGUCAUCCAUCAAAGUGCAAGGUUUUCUAAGGAUCUUAAACUGUGAAACAAAUGACAUUGAGUGGGAAGGUUGCAGCAAAUCAUGGUUUUUAGUAUAGAUAUCAGGCUAUCUGAAUCUCUACAGUGCAGCCAAGAGUAGCUCACUUGAACCAACUGCUGCAUUUUCAUGUUGCUCUGCAAAUUAAUGUAUUCCUUCCGUCUUAUCAGUUUUUGUAGAGUUAUAACAGGGAACGCUAACAAUUUUGUUGGAAUGAAGACCGCAAACUCCAGGGCUAUUUAAUGAAUUACAUACCUUUCAGAUUUUGGUUUCUAACAACUUGAGCAUAAAAGAUAAUUGUGCAAGGAGUAUAUUGGGUGAGCAAUUUAAUAUUGUGUUCUAUGAAAAUUACCUCAAGUAUAUUUAAAUGAAGAUUUGGAGAUGAAAGUAAAAAUUAAGGAGCUCCCAUCUGCUACAGUGAGUACACAGACAACACCCAGACCCAACAAGCUUUAAUAAGUUUAGAUCCAUUUUUAUACAGAUGCUGAAAUGCAAUUUUUUUUUAACCUGGAGCUGCCUCCUUUCAAAUGUUUUAAAAAUCUAAUGAAAUAAAAAUGAAUCUGUAAUCAGACUUGAACAAUUUAGUAUUAAUUUCUCCCUGAAUGCAUUCUUUUCUUUCGCAGCUUCAGUCAUCGCAGGGUGUCUUGGGUCACUAGGCCAUUUUUCUCUCUCCUAUUGACAGUCAUGUUUAGUGGAUAUCACUGUUCACAAGCAGCUGUUUCCUCAAUCAGUUUCUGCAACUUCAGACCGGUACAUCAAACCUAAUAAAAGCAAUUAAAGUGUGGGGCAGUAUGCUGCUGCAGUGUUGCACACCGAUGUGUUAAUGUUAUGCUAAGCAAGCCUCUCUCUUUCUUGGAAGACAUUUUACUGUCAGUGCACAAGAUAAUUUCUCUGCUGCUGACCCCAGAAUCCUGAUGUUCAUAUUUUUCUCACUUAGUGGCAUCCCUGUUUCUCUGCGGAACUGGAACUAAUGGGCUCAGAUGAAAUCUGUUCACAGUCUGGAACUGUAGAUUACUUACCAGUUAUGGUCUCAUCAUAGCCCUAAAUAAUUACAGCUCUUCGGCCAUGGAGGCUGGAGGAACUAAUUUUCACUAGCCUAAAUGGGCUGCUGAGUAAUUCGCACUGUAAGCAGGAAGCAGAAGGACGUUACAUCUUUAAGACUUUAUGUAAGCUUUCCUUUUACCCCUGUGCAUCUGGACAAGGGUGAUUCACUUGGUACCAUGUCCAAGAUCUUUAAAGAGAGAAAACUAAUUGGAAAAAGUGUAGCAGAUAUAUUUUAGGGAAUGAUUUGUAGCUUCCCUUCAUGUAUUACUAAUAACAGCAUAUAGUGUUAUGGGCACUGUCCUGCAAAGAUUGUUGGAUUAGUAUUUCAGAGACUGGGUUCAAAUCUUAUCAGAGUAGUUGGGGAAUUUAAAUUCAGAUAAUUAAAUAAGUCUGUAAUGAUGACCAUAAAAUUACCAAAUUGUCAUAAAACAUAUCUGGUUCACUGUUGUCCUUCAGAGAAGGAAAUAUGCCAUCUUUAGCGGGUCUAGCCUACAUGUGAUUCCUGAACUGCAUGAGGUUGAUUUUAACAAUCCUCUCAAAUGACCUUGCACGACAUGGGCUUUUUCAGGCUAUUUAGAGAGGGGAUAUAAAUGCCAGUAACACACGCUCCCCUGUGAAUGAAUUUUAAAACAUUUUAAAUCUUUUGUGCAAUUUAACACAACUAUAAGUGUAAACCUUAACUGUGAAACUUGGUCUGGUUCAAAGAGUAUCAAUAAAUUUGUUUCUCAACAUAAAUGAGACUUAGUGACAUUAGAGAUUUUAUCACCGUGUUUCCCAUUUUAUUAGUAAAUCUCACAUUUCUGUAGAAUUGCACAACAUCAGUAGUUACAGGGACAGAUAACCUGGUUAAUAAAAAUAUAGAACAAGCAGAGACAAAAAAAGCGCACUAUCCGUUUAUAUGAGGACAUCCUGUUUACAGCACACUGUGCACAGGGACCAAAUCCACAGCAGAUCCUUACAAUCCACCACAGAAAGAUAAACAGACUUUAAAACCAAAUAUACGAGACAUUACGGGGCAGGAACAGUGCCUAAAAUACAAAAGAGACUGCAAUGAAUUCUAUUUAAUUCUUAAUUUUAAAUGUAUUUGACUGGAAAGGGGGUGAAGGAAAGAAUAGAGGAGAGAGGAAGCAGUAAUUUGUGGCUAACCUAUUGUGAGAUAGGAGUACUGUAUGUUGGUAAGAAUGUAGUCUGAAGCAAGCAGCAUCAAUGCAUUGACUCUUGACGUUAGUUGCUAUAGUUUCUAAUGUUGCAGGAGAAUUGAUAAUUCAUAUGUAUAUUGUGUGUAAAAGGGGUGGUGAUGGUGCCAGGGUAAGAAUAGGGUCAUACAUUCUCUGCUCCAGCAUGGCGGAGGUCCAAUCUUUAGUCAACAGACCCAUUUCUCCUUGGACCUCGAGAGGUUUACUCUGUUUGAACAUUGUCAGUAAAGCCAGAGCCAUCACCAUAUCAACACUGACGCAGUGCAGGAGACAGAAAAUGAUGAUUAAUUUAUUGCGUCUAGCCAGAAGUGGAUAAGUUUUCAACCCAUCUUUUGUAUCUAUAUUUCCCUUUCCUAGUCAGGAGUUCCACAUGAUACAAAGUUGACAAAAAAAUUCUUUGUAAGGCUUGCCCGCAAAAAACUGAUUCAGCCAAAACUUUCACCUGUGCUUUUGCAUCUGUUACGAAACAAGCUGCUACAAAACAUUCAUUUGCUUUAUUUCUAGUCUUGCUGAUUUAUUAUUUAUGCUCCGAACAGAAAAAUUGUAUCAUUAUCAAGAAAACUAAGUAUUUUUGAAACCAACUGACAUGGCAUGUUCAAAGUAUAAGCAACCUGCAAAGAAGGAGCAAACUAAUUUUUAACAAGGUCAAUUCAUCUCUUUGCUAGGCCAAACGUCUACUGCUUAUCAGCCCAUUUCUGUUCAAUAUUACAAUUCGUGUUGAUGUAGUUUUGGCGGAUAAAGGGCCUUUGAAUUUUAUAAGUUUCUAUGUUCUCUUGUUCUGCAGAAAGUUACUUAUUAGAUUACCACAUCAGUCAAGUCUCUGGCAGGAUUGGCAAGGCAAAAAGAUCUGUUUCUUUAAUUGGUAAGUGGAGAAAUGAAGCAGUCUGUCUGCUGACAUUUUCCAUGUUAUUGUUGACACAAUUCAUAGAAGAUGCUAAGCCAAAUUAUUCACCUUCUGGUAAGGGUGAAUUUAUUGUAAGAUUAAUGAAAAGUAAAUUGAAAUGUAAUGGUACAGCAACAGCUAAGAAUUAUAGUUUACAAUCAGUGGAGGAAAAAUAAUGGACUUCUUUUUAACAAAUAGUUUUAGAAACAUUUAAUAUUCAUUUGAUCCUGUCUAUCAAAUGAAGAUGAUAAAAUAUUUUUUAAAAGAUUAACAUGGAGGAUCCAAAAGCUGAGCCAGUACAUACAGGAUCAGUAUCAUCAUCAAGGAUUUCAUUUAUACACAUUCUAUGAAGUGAUACCACUUGGAAGACAGAUGUCCUGUUUAAAUAUUUAACCCUUAACUACAGUUGGGCAACUUAUGAAUUAUCACUUUAGGUACCAAUAGAAGCACCUUGUAUCCCAAUUCAUGCAAACUGGUAUGUCAGCAAUAAUGCACCACUUGUGACUGAUCCAUCUGCAAUAGCAAAACAUUCUUCUAUUGCAAUUGCUGGGCCACGUGCAUAUAUUUAGUUGUAAAGUAGCCAUAAGCUAAGUUGACUGGUUUGGCAGAAUUGGCCACAGUCGCCCUAUGCUAAGACCAGGUUGUGGGGGACUGGCAGAAAUCAGCUCAGAUAUCCGAUCUUCAGUUUUGCUCUACUGAUUUCAGUUUCCUUUCCUACUGUACCCAGAUCUCAGUCAAAUCGAGUGCCAAUAUUCCUGGUUAAAGUUUACACAUGAACAAAUGGUCACUUGAGUGAGUGUGCCUGGUAGGCGCUGCACUGUACUUUAGCAUAAGUUGCUGCCUUCAGGAGGACUGAUUCAAAUGUUGACUUUUUUUAAAUUAAUAAAUAGCUGAUCAACAAUGUCACCCUCAUCCAUUCUGUAAAAUCUCUGUUCAUACA